AUGCCUCCUAAAAGUUCAGGUGAUAGUAAAAAAGUAGAAAAAAAGAAAUAAGAAAAAAUAAUUUAAGAUAAGACAUUUGGCUUAAAAAACAAAAAUAAAUCUAAAGUAGUAUAAAAGUAAAUAAAAUAAACGAUAAAAUAUUAAUAUUUAAUAUAAAAAAAAAAAUAGUUUUAGGAAGAAUUCGAAAAAAAAAAAGCUAAAAAAGCCGAAGAAGAAAGAUAAGCUUUAUUAGCCUCUUUAUUUAAAACAGUAGAUACAGUUAAAAACAUAGCCGAAGAGGAAAAAUCAAAUGAACCAACAAUUAAGAUUUGUCAAUUUUUUAAAUAAGGUUUAUGCAAUAAAGGAAAGAAAUGUAAAUUAUCACAUGAAAUAUAAAAAGAAAAAAUCGAUAUAUAUACGGAUUAGAGAAUAUAAAAUGAAGAAAAUGACGAUAUAGAUGAGUGGGAUGAAUAGAAAUUAUAAGAUGUGAUAAAAUCCAAAGAAUAAUAAUAUAAAAAAUAAUGUUAGACAGAGAUUAUUUGCAAGUUCUUUCUUGAUGCAGUCGAGAAAUCGAAAUAUGGAUGGAAAUGGAUGUGUCCGAAUGGAUUUGAGUGUCAUUAUAGACAUUGCUUACCUCCUGGAUAUGCUUUAAGGAAGGAUUUAGGGAAAAAGGAUGAAAAAAAAUAAGAUUUAAUUGAAGAUUUAAUAGAUCAAUAGAGAGAAAAAAUAAUAAAAAGUGAAGGAACACCAGUUACAUUAGAAAGAUUUAUAGAAUGGAAAAAAAAAAGACUGGAAAAAAAAGCUGAAGAAGAAGAAAAGAAAAAAUAAGAAAUUAUUAAAAAAAGUAAAGGAUAAAAAAAAUAGCAGGAUUAACAGGAAGAGCACUUUUCGUAUAUGAUCCAACUUUGUUUCAAGAUGAUGAAGAUGCAGUUGAAGAAGACUAAAUGCUAAAUAGAGAAGAAAUUAAAGAUGAAGAAGAAAAUGAAUAAGCUAUUGAGGAAAUGGAAAAAGUAAUUGAAAAUAAUAAUGAAGAUGAAGAUGAGGAAUAAGAAAAUGAAGAAUAGAAAGAAUGAUAUAAAUCGUAAAAUUAAAAUAUAGUAAAAUUAAUAAUAUAUAUAUAUAUAUUUAUAUAUUAUAUAUAUAUAUAUAUAUAAAUAUUAAAUAUAUAUAUAUAUAUAUAUAUUUUAAAAUUAAAUAAUAUUUAUAAGAGAUAUAUUAAGAUAAGAAUUUUUUAUAAAACUGAUAAAAAUUAUAACUUUAUUUAAUUUUUUUGUUCGAUUAUUAAUAUAGUAUUCUUAUAUUUUUUUUUUAUAUACUAUAUAUAAAAUAUUUAAUUAGUUACAAAAUUAUAUAUUUUUAAUGAUAUCUGAAAAUAUUUUUAUUUUAUAUAAAUUCAUUUAUUUUAUUUAAUUUUUGGUAAUACAAUAGAAGAUUAUUAUUAAUUUAAUUCAAAAUCAAUAAUUUUAUUUUAUUAGAUUUUUAUAUUUUUAGAAAUAUUAACAGAGUCAACUAUUUAUAAUAAUAUAUAAUAUAUAUUUAAAUAUAUAUAUAUAUAUAUAUAUAUAUAUAUAUAUAUAUAUAUAUAUAUUUAUACCUUCUAUAAUCGAAUUAUGCUAAAUAAUUUAUGUUUCAUCUUGA